AAAGGCAGAAUAAGUCUGCGCACAGAACGCUCAAGUCUGUCGUCCCGUGCUGCAGUCUGAACCCCAACAAAAUAUAUUCCUGCAUCCAGGCAGCUGGCAUAAUGCUGAGAUCGAUAAAAACCGUAGUCAUAAUGCACCCUUUUGGGACCAUGAUUUUAUUCUGCCUGCUCCUCACUCUCUGGUUUUCAUUAACAUCUCCAAAUCCACAGCGAGAGGGCAUCCAGCUCCAACAACAAAACACACAAUUCUGGGAAAAUCUCAAGACGAUGGAGGAGAAAAUGACAGGUCUGGACAAUGAUCUGAAGAAGACUCAGGAGGAGAAAGAGAAGGAGGUGACAUCAUUGCAAAAACGGAUCACCUUUCAGGAGGAAAUCAUCGCAAAGCAACAGAAUCAAAUUGGCGACCUGAGCAAGAGAAACACCAAUCUGCAAGAUGAACUUCAGUUUCACAGGAAGAAACUUUCUGAGAGGGAACAGCAACUGCAUGAGCUGACUGGAAAUCUGCGUGAGAAAGAGAGCGAAUUCAUUGAGUUAGCUGAUCAUAAUUCACAACUGGCUUCACAACUAGAUGUAUCUUGGAAGAAGGCCUGCCCAAAACACACAGAUAACAGCUGGUUGAGCUUUCCGAUCUGCAUUGCUGGUUAUUGUGUUGGUUUCGGCUCCUGCUAGAGAGUCAAUGGUGAGGCACAUCAAAAAGCCAAAGAGCCUGUGGUUUGCAUCCCCAGUCUGCAACAAGAACUGGAGAUAGGGGACGGCUGUGAGGAGAGAUGGGCUUGAGGAGACUGCGAUGAACUGGGCGAGGCAAGAAGAUUAUAAAAGUUUUUCAAUCAUUUUCUCCAUCGUAUAGGAUUUUUCCAAAUAUCUGGAGUUGGAAGGCAGUCCUGAACACCUGGUGCUGAAACAAACUCCCAUGUGCAAAGAGGAAUUAGCUUAACUGCUUUCAUUGGAAGAAAGAUUGACUUCACUGAAUAGUGACCCAUGUUGGAGCCCAAGGAGUACCAGACAUGGUUAUUAUUUUAUACAGAGAGGAGCAGAGUCACUUUUCUUGAGACCCGCAAGUCACUUUAUUAAUGUGUUAGAGAAAAUAUGUAGCUCAUACAUUUUACCCUGAACUAGACCCUAUUUAUACACCCACUAGGAUCAUUAACAUUCCCCAAAUGGCCACAAGCUAAUACCUGAGCAGUAUCGCUGCUGCUACCAAGAGCUGAUACUGGCCAGGAAUUCUACUCCCUCUCUCUCCCUCUGUCCGUCUGUCUCUCCUUCAAAUUCAUCACUGCAUCCUUGACACGGGGUUCUCUUCCAAAGUCUUUGCUGGCUCCAUGCCCGAGAGUUUCCUUCUUAUCCUUGUAUCUCUCUCAGGUCGUACUGUCUCUUUCCUGCUCAGUCAGUUUUAUUCUCUCCCCACAUGCCUGUACCUCACUGGCCCUGACCCAGAGACUGAGGUAGCAUUACCUUAUUAUUUCUCGUCCAAAUAAGGUUUUUGUAUGAGCUCACCUUGUUUGCUUUUUGCAGAGCUUAGUUGUACAGCUCGUCCCUAUCGGUGGACCUAUACCUGGACUCGGGUCAUUUUUAAUUCACAAGCUGUCUUUUUUGCUGUUGCGUCAGCAGUUGUAUCCACAGGAUUCCAUGCAGCAUGUCAGCUGCUGUCUCUCUGCAGAUCCAGGCUGACAUCCCAUCGAGAGUCACGUAGAAUCGUAGAAUCCCUACGGUGUGGAACAGUAACACAAACCCACUUCUCUGUGAUGUGGGUGGGAAGCAAAAUCCUUUCUAGCAGAAAGAUUGUCCAGUGGUGACACAGGAAUGGGCAUCUUGCUAAAACUCUUGCUUUUCCUUGCUCUGGUGGGAAAAUCCCACUGCUAAUUGUUGCACCUGUGUCUUCAUAGUAACCACAUGAAGGCCUCCUUCUAAGGAAUGGUCUUGGGUUUGCUGGACAUUGAGGUCAAUAGAGGAGUGCGGUUUCCAACAUUUUCUAAUAGCAAUAUGCAGUCAGCUGCUGGGGACGUAGGAGACACAGGAUGUUAGAAGGUCACUCCAUGUGUCAGUCCCACUUCAGGUGCAGGCCAUAUACACCCUACCCAGUCACAAACUCCCCAUUUCACUUCCUUCAAUCCUUGUACAUGCCAAUGACCAACUGUAAUUUCUGUCCUUGAAACUGUAAUGUUUCCUCACCUUUUACCUGUCCAGUCCUCAGGACUCAAAGACCCAAGAUUUACUUUAGCCACUGCAUUGCCAUUGCUCCUUCCCUGUCCCUCCUGCAAUCUGAACUUUGGCUCUUCACUUCUCAAUAAAACCAGGGCAAAUUACAUGGUUAAGAGAUACAUCAUGCUGCCAAAUCAUUGUCAGAUUGGCACAUUGAGGUUCACCAGACAUAUUCCCGGGAUAGCGGGACUGGCCUGUGAAGAGAGUUUGAGGAAACUGGGCCUAUAUUUACCAGAAGAAUGAGAGGUGAUUGCGCUGAGACCUACAAAAUGCUUAAAAGCACAGAGAGAUCAGAUUUUAAUUUAAUUUGUAUUUUUAAAUUCAUUCACAGGAUGAGGGCAUGACUGGCCAGGCAGCAUUUAUUGGCCAUCCCUAAUUGCCCAGAGGGCAGUUAAGAAACAACCACAUUGCUGGGGGUCCAGAGUUACAUACAGGCCAGACCAGGUAAGGGCAGCACCAGUGAAUCAGAUGACUUUAUCCAACAAUAGAUUCGUGGUCAUCAUUAGACUCUUCAUUCCAGACUUAUUUUUAAAUUGAACUCAAGGUCCACCAUCUGCUGUUGCAGUAUUUGAACCCAGGUCCCCAGAAUAUUAAUCAGGUCUCCUGAUUACAGUCCUACAAUGAUACCAUGAGAAAUCUUAAAGAGCUUGCACCAGCCCAUGGGGCUGAACGGCCUCCUCCUGAGCUGUGUAAUUCAAUGAUACUGUCAGGAAACUAUGUAAUAUAGCACCGAGUUAAUUGGGAAUGUCUGUAUAUUUACGAUAACAAUUUUGUGCAGAUUUGCA